CCUUUCACUACAGAUGCACAAACCAGGAUAUUGCUGUGUAUGAUUCUCUGUUUAUUUGUCUUAAUGUAAGGUGUGUUAUUAAGUUAUAAAUGAUCAUUUAAACAUGGAUUAUUCAGACGUUGUUGCAGAGCAGUUUCCUUUUAAUGAAUCAGCAAAUGCGCCUGACAUAACUGCAGUGACUAUUUCAUAUCUAGUAUGUAUUUUUGGUGGCUCGUUGUCAGUUCUCAUAAUGUGUGGAAACCUACUUGUUAUAAUCUCUAUUGCUUACUUCAAACAGCUCCGCACUCCUACAAACUUCCUGAUGCUCUCUCUGGCUGUGGCUGACCUGCUAGUUGGAAUUUUAGUUGUGCCUUUCAGUAUUGUGCUCGUUGUCAGCUCAUACUGGCGUUUGCAUGAUUUACUUUGUAGGGUACGGAGCAGCUUAGAUUUGUUGCUGUGUAAUUCUUCCAUGUGGAACGUGUGCUUCAUUUCUGUUGACAGAUAUUACGCUGUGUGUCAUCCUUUGAUAUACAGAGUUAAAAUAAAUGUCCGCGUUGUUUGGACCAUGAUCAUGGUGUCAUGGACUAUUGCCACUCUGAAUGGAAUUAUUAUCACAUUCCAGGCCCCAGAUAAAGGACAAAAAAACAAGAAGUGUGUUUUAUUUCAAAAUAAAGCACAGGGUAUAAUAGUUGUGGGAAUUUUUAUUGCAUUUGGCAUCCCAGCUAUUGUGAUGUUUGCACUCUACCUAAAGAUUUUGAUGGUGGCACAGAAACAGGCACGCAGCAUCCUGAGCAUGGCAAACUCUGCUGCAGCUGCCAGUAAAAAGGAGAGAAAGGCGACUAAAACUCUGUCUAUUGUGGUGGGGAGUUUUCUCCUGAGUUGGACGCCUUUUGUUCUGUGUAUGAGCUUUAAUCCAUUGAGCAAUUAUGCAGUACCUUUUCAUGUCAUACAAUUUUUUAAGUGGCUUGGAUGGUCAAAUUCAAUGUUCAAUCCCUUCAUUUAUGCUUUCUUUUACAGCCAGUUUAGAUCAGCUUUCAUGAAGAUCAUAACUGGGAAAAUAUUUCAAGAUGUCUCUAAUUGUAAGCUCUUUUGAUCCAUACUUUGACCUUUUUUAGUUAUAGUUGUGCAAUGCUGUAGAGAAGCCCUCUUAACUAGUCCAUGUUACCUUGAUAUUGCUGUAUAUUGUUUAAAUGACUAAUGGAUCAAGCUUAUUAUUGCCAUCCUGCUGACACUGCACCUGUAAGUUUAAUAUAGGCAUACUAGGUUAAGCUUUUGUCUUUUUUGUCUUGUGUAACUUCAUAGAUUGCCUGAUUAUUGCAACUAUUUAAUGAUUCCACAUAAUAAUCCAGGGGAUCAACAUAACUUUAUGAUGAUUUAGUGUAGGAUGUAUGUCAGGAUAUCUGUCAAACAGUUCGAAUGAUGUUCAAGAUUGUCAUUACAUUGCACAUGUGCUAUGUAAAUGCGACUUUGUCAACAUGAAUUGUGAUCAUUAGAUGUGUAUGUGUCUUUGGUGGAACCUUGUAAAAGUUUGCCUUGUUCUGAAAAAAAACAAAAGUUGGAAAACUGCUUUGCUAUAUUCACUCACUGUGAAUAAGAUGAUUAAAAAUGUGAACUUGCAAAAUAUGUUUCAAUCUGUCUCACACACAAAUCACAGAGCGACCACAGAACAGAAGUAAGUCUUUGCAGUGACUCAAGGUAUCACUUAAAAUGGGUUUGCAUUAACGCCAUUUAUAACGGAUUAAACUGACAGCACUAAAAACAAACCUUAACUAACCUUUAUUUAAAGAACAAAAGACAAUGACAAGAUUUUCAUUGCUUGCAAAUUAGAAGAUUAGAUUCCACAAUCUAUAAAUCAGCGGCACAUGUCAUGACCCAACUAUGCACUCUUUACACAAAAUAAGCAGACAGAGCUCACUGAGGCACUCAAUGUAAUGAUCAAUUACAUUGAUCAUUAAUGAGUGAUGCAUGGGUUUCUCCCACAAAAAAAGUGCUUACUUUUAUUUAUAUCUUUGUGAGGUCCAAAAAAACGUAUAAACCUAUAUUUGUGGGGACAUUUUAUCUGAGCCCCAUAACCUUAAAGUAGUUUUUGUUAGGGUUAAGACCUGGUUUUACGGUUAGAAUUGGGUUUAG